AUGGCCGAGGCUUCACUGCUGCAGCGCGGGCUGCAGUUUCUGGAGGAGAAUGACGAGAAGCGAUCUGGUGUGUGGCUCGUGUGGCUACUACUAGUGCUGGUGCGCUGGCUUGUGGGCCUCCACUCGUACUCUGGCGAGCACACGCCGCCCAUGUUCGGCGACUACGAGGCGCAACGCCACUGGAUGGAGAUCACGAUCAACCUGCCGGUCUCGGACUGGUACUUCAACACCACAUCCAACGACCUGCUCUACUGGGGACUGGACUACCCGCCGCUGACUGCAUACGUGUCGUAUCUAUUCGGGCGCGUGGCGGAAGUUACGGAGCCGGCUAUGGUGGAGCUCACGAGCUCGAGGGGAUAUGAGUCGGCUACGAGCAAGGUGUUCAUGCGCACGUCCGUGCUCCUCUGCGACGUCGUGCUGUUCAUUCCAGCGAUCUAUUGCGCUGCGAGGGCGGUAUACGGCAAUGAGCAGUGGACGCGGCGUACGGCAUUUUUACUGCUGAUUUUGCUGCAGCCGGCGGUCUUGCUCAUUGACCACGGUCACUUCCAGUAUAAUAACGUGUGCUUGGGCCUUACGGCGCUGGGCGUGGCUCUUAUUAUGCAAGGACACGAGUUCCUUGGUAGUAUUUCCUACUGCCUGGCGCUCAACUUCAAGCAAAUGGCGCUUUACUACGCACCUGCGUUUGGAGUGUUCCUGCUUGCGCGGUGCUUCUAUCGGAAGAUGUGCAUUCUUCACCUUAUCAAGCUAGCGGUUGCGGUCAUUGUCACGUUCGCAUUGAUGUGGUCCCCAUUCUGUGUGUAUACAUCAACCGGGGAGACUUGCCUGUCAACUAUGGCGCAAGUUGUUCAUCGUAUUUUCCCAUUUGGCCGGGGCCUCUUUGAGGACAAGGUGGCCAACUUUUGGUGCAUCGCUGACUUCGUUCUGAAGAUUCGGCGCCACAUAACUUCCGCACUGCAGAUGCGGUUAUGUACCGUGAUGACCCUCAUUGGAUUUUCUCCUUCAGUCGUCGACCUGUUACGGCGAAAACCGACAAACUUGCGCUUCGUAUUGUCUUUGGCAAUUUGCUCCCUGUCGUUUUUCUUGUUUUCUUUUCAAGUUCACGAGAAGACAAUUCUGUUGCCGCUGUUGCCGAUAUCGUUCUUGUUUGCACACAACGCACUUCUAUCGGGGUGGUUUAGCGUUCUGUCCACUUUCAGCAUGUAUUUCCUACUCAAGAAGGACGGGCUAGUCCUCCCGUACAUUGUACUACAGCUCGCCUACACCAGCGUUGCGGUGGCUCCAUUCUUGACUGGAGGAUCCGCGAAGCACCUACACGUGCAGCAACGUGAACUCGCACCAGGGUAUCAGCGCGAUGGCAGUGCGCACCCGCUGUUCCGGGCUUACGUUAUGCUUUCGCUGGUCGGUAUUGUAGCUAUCCAUGCAGCUCAGAUUUGGAUCACCGCUCCAGCCCGGUAUCCGCAUAUCCACGACUACGUCUUUGCGGCGUAUUCCUGUGGCCACUUUCUGUUGGUCCUCGUUUAUUUGACGUAUUGGCAGUGGACUGCGGAGUCUCACGACAACAAGGCGAAGAAAGAGUAG